AAAGGUCGGCUGUGCCCCCAACGGUCCAAGAGUUGCUCGCGAACUUCACGCCGGCAACCAUCGGGAGAAGCGGUCGACGCUCCACACACAUGUGAUGCUGAUUGUGGUGUCUAUUUGUACUCGCUAACAUUCUCGUCAUUUGAACGCGUCGCACCACUUCGUUUAAAAAAAAGCUUCGCUUUGUCAGACGCGUGAGAAAAAGAACGUUUAUUUGAAAUAAAACGCGCGCGAUCGUCGUCCAAACCGGCAGCAUGCGUGUUCUGAUAUUAGCAGCUUUUGUCGGACUGGUUCACGGUCAAUACUUUCAGGAACCGGAAAAACUCGUGAGCUAUUCGCAGGAUCUCGGCGACACACGCGGACACUAUUCGUUUUCUUACGAAACCGAAGGCGGCAUAGUUCAGAAGGAAACCGGUAAACGCAAAUAUGCGGGCACCGCCGACGAGACGCAGCUGAUUCAGGGCUCGGUGCAGUACAACGCGCCCGACGGCACUCCCAUUGCCGUGAGCUGGACCGCGGACGAGUUCGGCACCCAGGUGUCCGGCACCCACAUUCCCACCCCGCCGCCGAUUCCGCCGGCGAUUCAGCGCGCUCUCGAAUGGAUCGCCAAGCAGCCGAGCACGCCGGAACCGAUCGAGAAAGAUAAUCCGACACCGAACGCGGUCCCCCGGGACAAUCGUCAGUACAGAUUUUCCUCGAAUAAACGAAACUGAUACAACACUCGUAUCACUCGUAGCGCGCCAUCAAGUAGCGUUAACCGAGAACGUUAGUUAGUUUUUAGCCAGCACCACUGCCUGUCUCCUUCCUACGUCGCUCCUAUAUAUUAUGUUAUAUUUAAUAAACUUUUGUAUUUUUAUAAAAAUUGCUCAGAUGUUUUAAUGCCGAUUUAAUGAAAUUCAAGUUUUUUCAAUGUGCCGAUUUAAUGUAAACUGUUUUUUUUUAGGAAGAGUUGCGCCGCUUUUACAGUAGAAAAGUGAUAUCGAUUAAGAACAAGUGACUUUUUAUCUUCUAGGAAGCGAUUUGUUUGCUCGUUUGCGCUUCGAAUAAUUUAUACAUGAUCUCACAAUUUUCACCGCAAAACGUCUCAAAAUACACAGAUUUUUUAUUAUUACAAACCGUCA